AUGGCUAAGCGUACUUUGUCUCCUUCCACCUCCUCCCGUCAAACUCGAGCUUCCACCCAGGCAAUCCUACCUGACGUCGACCCCGAACUUCUCAUGCGUCAAACGAAAAGAAUGAGAAUUACUUCCCAAAUUCCUGGUACUACCCAGACUUCCAUGGUUGACGCUUCUCGAAGGGCUCUCGACACCAUUAAGGAUCGAUAUCAAUCCGGUCCUUCUCGCGAUCAACAAUCGUCCCAUCUUGAUGACCAGGUCAUCGAGCAAUAUUUCGACUUCGAAGGGGGUGCUGGGCCAUCUGCCACUGGUGAGAACCUAUCUCCCGCCAAAUCCGUCGAAUCCGAACACGGCACCGUCGUCGAGAAUCAAAAUUCUCCCGGUAAGCAACCCACCGGUCCUCCUUCUGAGGCUUCCGACGAGCUUGUGGAGGUUCCCGAGGAGCUUGGUGACAUCUUUCACGCCCCUCGCAAGGUUCCCGUCAAUGAUGAAUUGGUUAAGUUGCUCGAGGAUCGAAAAGACUCCGAGAUCGCUACCCUUUGGUCCAACCUGACCUUCUCCUCUGUUCGUCUCGCGUUGAAGAACGAAGCUCUGGAUCGUUUCCGCGAAACCAACGCCAUCAGGCCCACUGUAAAGUGGUUUAGGAAUGCUCUCGAUCGUUUGGCCCAAGGUUGGCGCCUCCGCAACAAAAAUGGUGCUGUUGUUCGGCUAGAGGGUGAGCUCUGUACCGAUUGUCAACGUCGUCUCGAUGGUGGUGAAGACUUUCGCGUUGGUUGUAUUGGCCCUCUCGGUGGUGUGUGCGGUGAAUGUUCUGCUAAGGGUACUUCAAAAUGUUCGGUGAAAACCAACAAUCCCGAGUCCAAAUUUCGUGGGGGUAUUGCCGUGGGAGCAAGAACGGUCACUUCCAAGGUUACCUUUGUCCUGGAGCACGAACUUUGUGCGGCCUCGGUCCGUUAUCGAUCCCUUCCUGCCCAUGAUCAACCCGCCUGUCUGACCCAACUUUCGGGUUACAUCCAUCUCUUUACCUCCCUUCUCCUUCCUCUCCCCUCUCAACAUCUGGACCUUUACAAGUCUCUCCAUCUUAUUUCUGCCAACUACGCUCCUCCUACCGUCGAUGAAACUCUGGAUGAUCUCACUUCUACUGGUGAUCCUACAGGAUUGAGUUCCUCUCAGCCAAUCGCUGGUCCCUCCUCUUCUCCCCAUACUCCUCUCCCUCGCAAUGUCAUUCGUAUUCCCGCUUCGGCCCGUCGUCCCCGAGCCAAUUCUACCACCUCCAACUUUUAG